AAAAAAAAAGUCUUUCAAGUGUGAUCAUUUUUUUCAAAUUCAUAUUUUAAUUUUUUAUAUAAAUCACGAAAAACGAAAACGAAAAUGUUGUUCUACAAUCGAUUUACUUAUUGUUUGUUGGCCAUUGCUGCUAUUGCCAUUAUAAAUGUUAAUGCACAAGCUGGUUUCGAAGCUAUGGAUGGACAAUUUAAAGAAGGUGGUAGUGGCCGAGAAAGAAUCCAGGCAGCUGUACAAACAAAACAUACGGUCGAAAUGAAACCCGUUGAUAUUCCAUAUGAAGAUAUUGAACCACAGAUAAUCGAAGUUGAAGGUGGUGCUUUACCAUUGGAAAUUCAUUUCAAAUCAAGCUCAUCACGUAUCCGUGUACAUCAAACACACGAAGCAGCUGGUGCCGGUGAAGUUGAACAAACAUCAUCGGAAGAGGAACCACAUCGACUUAUUCAUGAAGUUAAAAAACCAAUCAUUCAAGAAGUUCGUGAAAUUAUUACACCAUACCGUAAAGUUGUACAAGAAAUUCAACCUGUUAUGGAAGAAAUUCAUACAAUUGUUGCCAAAGGUGAAGCGCGAAGAAAUUUCGAUCGUACACAAACCAAAACACGUGGUAGCCGUGGUUCAUUGGCAUCACCAUCGGCACGUGCCCAAUCGGCUAGUAGCUCUGGCAGCUCAACAUCGCCAUUCUAAUUGCCAUUAUAAUAUUAAUGAUAAAAUUAUUAUUUAUAGUGAAAUGUAUCCGAUACAUAAUAGUAUCCUUAUAAUUAUCAUCAUUGUUAUUGCCAUCAUUUGUCAUUAUAUU